AUGAGUGACUGUGGCUUCAAACUCCGCGCAUGGACCUCAAAUGAUGCUACAGUACGCGACCAAGCUCAGGCUGAUGACAUCAACGAAACAAAGACGAACGUCAGUGUCCUAGGCAUGAAAUGGGACACCGGUAGUGACCAACUAUCAUAUGCAAAGAAAGCUGCUCCAUCCCCAGAUAUUCUUCUGACCAAACGCGCAGUCAUAAGUCACAGCUCUAGCAUUUUCGACCCACUCGGAUAUAUUGCCCCCACGCACAUUAAAGCCAAGGCCUUCCUGCAAGAACUAUGGCAACACGGACUACACUGGGACGAACCCCUUACAACAGAACUGUCUGAAAGGUGGCGCAAAAUCACCAUCGAAUUGGAAGAAGCCAUGAACAUCACUGCCCCUCGGAAAAUAUUGGACAACAUUGACCCGCAAAAUUGUGAACUACAUGCAUUUAGCGAUGCAUCCCCAGCAGCCUACGGAUGCGCCAUCUACCUAAAGAGUGGAACCCAGGCAUCUCUCCUCAUAGCCAAAACCAGAGUCAAACCGCUAAAAGCCACUACCAUUCCUCGCAUGGAAUUAAUUGCAGCACUCACCGGCUACAGACUAGCCAAGUAUACGCUAGAAGCACUCCAAGGGUUAAGUCCAAUCAAAAAACAAGUCAUUUGGAUCGAUUCUCAGAUCGUCCUACAUUGGAUUACAAGCGAUAAGAAACUUCCUGUGUUUGUUCAGAAUCGUGUGAAUGAGCUGAGGAAAUUCCCAGGUGAAUUUCGCUAUGUGCAAUCAAAAGAUAACCCCGCUGACCUCCUAACUCGAGGCAUCACUGCACAGGAACUGCGCGACUCCCCACUGUGGUGGACAGGCCCCAGCUGGUUGAGUACCGGGAGGUACCCACCCACGCCAACACAACUUCUUCAUAAUGUACUCUUACAGCAAGCCGCCACUACUGAUGACGUACCAGACCAGGUACGAGACGACACUAGCGACCACGCCCAAGAUGUCAGAGACCAGACCCAUCACCCCGCUACAACACCGCUGCAACACCCGGGUAUCGCCAAGGUCAUUGACGUCACACGUUUCAGUUCGUACCGCAAGCUUCUCAGAAUCACCGCACUUGUCCAGAAAAUCGCCAAAGUCUGGAUAACAAAGGAUAAGACCAAUCUCAAGACCCUGAUCCAAGCCACUGCACAGGAAACUUCUGCCGCUGAGACACUGUGGAUUAAAGCCAUACAAACGGACUGCUAUCACAAUGAGAUAGAAAUCCUCAAAGGAAAGACCGCCACAGGACCCCUAGCUGGUCGCAGCAAAACACUUGUCAAUCAACUUCGCCUAUACCUCGAUGAGUCAGGCCUGAUUCGACUAGAUGGCCGACUCAACAAUGCCAGCAUCAACCUCGACACCAAGUUCCCGUAUCUGGUACCACGGAAGCAUCCGUUCACCGACCUUCUCAUAGGCAGGGCCCAUGCCGCCCAAUUACACUCGGGAAUGCGAUCUACCGUGGCAUGGCUCCGCCAGCGAUUUUGGAUUCCGAGAAUCCGGGAAGCCGUCAACUCACAACUCCGACGAUGCGUCACCUGCAAGCUGAUUAUGGGAAAGCCCUAUAGCAAACCAGAAACUCCGCCCCUUCAGGCCAGCCGCAUCCAGCAAGCACCCCCUUUCACUGUUUCCGGUUGCGACUUUACCGGUGCACUAAAUGUCAGACCCAAGGAGGGUGGUCCCGAGGCAAAAGUCUACAUUGCCCUAUUCACCUGUGCCAUAACAAGAGCGGUACACCUUGAAGUUGUUCCCGAUAUGACGUCACAGACCUUUCUGAAUGCCUUUCGACGAUUCUGCGCCCGCCGCUCCACUCCUUCACAAAUGAUUUCUGACAAUGGCACAACUUUCAUCGCCGCCGCCAAUGAGAUUAAGCAGCUAAUGCAAUCACCGGACAUCCAGGCCCACAUGGCCGACCAACGCUGCACUUGGACCUUCAACCCCAAACGCGCGCCGUGGUGGGGAGGGUUCUUUGAGCGCAUGAUUGGAAUGACGAAGAUGGCCAUCAUUAAAACUCUAAGAAGAGCGCGAGUAACACUGGAUGAACUGACAACCCUUGUCACCCAAGUAGAAGGCAUACUAAAUGACCGACCCCUCACGUACAUUGGUGACAUGGACAUCACUGCCCCUCUGACGCCAGCACACCUUCUCCACGGGAGACAGAUAACAGGACUUCCGUACGAAGCUACCGACUUGGAUGAACUUGCUGAUCCGAACUUUGGAGAUAGUCUUAACAAACGCGCUAAACGACUGGCGGUACUGAUUGAUCACUUUUGGCAACAGUGGUCAUCGGAAUAUAUCCCUUCGUUAAGGGAGAGACAUAUUCGAUCGAAGCGCGGUCAUCGCGAAACCCGCGUAAAAGUUGGUGAAAUCGUCCUAGUCCACAGUGAUGAAACCAAAAGGGUCAAUUGGAAGAUCGCUAAAAUUGAACGCCUGAUCUAUGGUCAAGAUGGUAUCGCACGUGCCGCACAAAUAAAAACAUCAUCGGGAGUGACUAACCGCCCAAUAGCGCGCCUUUAUCCUCUUGAAGUCACUGCCGCUGAAACUGCGCCGAUCGCUGCCCAGGUUCACGAGAAACACAAUGAAGCCCAGCAAAACACAAUGCAACAGGCACCUGUAAACAACAGGCCACCAACACGCAAUGCUAGCAAGAACGCCAGAAAUAAGAUAAUGCAAUGGGCAAACGUACUUAAUGGCAAAGACGAUUAA